AUGAGCUCCGCCUACUCAGCGCUUCAGAUAACAAAAUACCUAUCGUACCUCUCCCUCCCAGCCAAGUACCAUGCCUACGUAGAAACUCCUCACCUCUUCCCUAAAGAUGAAGCAGCGCUCACCGUCCUAUUCCGAUGUCAAAUCACACGGGUUCCAUUUGAAAAUUUAUCCGUCUACUACUCCGCUACCCGUCAACCAGACAUCCAUCCUGAGACCCUCUAUUCCAAAAUGAUGGGAGCUGAGGAAACCGGUCCCACUGGACGAGGAGGCUAUUGUCUGGAGGUUAACAUAUUUUUCCACCACAUCCUCCGGGGCCUGGGUUUCGAUGUGUACACAGUAGGGGCGAGAAAUCGAGACAGAGUGAAUGGAGUACCGCAGGGUGAUUAUGGAGGAUGGUAG